AUGUCAGAUUAUUUUAAUCCCAACAUACGACAGUUAUAUCCCAUCGAUCCAUCAUCAACUGCCUCCGUUGAUGCAGAAAUGGCAUUCUUGACAUCCGAUACGUCGCUGUCAAACAUCGACCCCGGUUCCUCCUAUCUUCUCUCCUCACCCCGAUUUCCAUCCCUUCCGUCCCCAAACACCAGCAUGAUCGCAGCGACCAUCCUCCACAGCUUCCGCGCUCUUCCUCGCAAUGUCCGCGACAUGAUCUGGUGUCAUGCAUUCUCCGAUGCUCAACGCCCUCGUAUCAUCGAGGUCCGCGCUGUUACCGAAGAAGACCUCACCUGGGACAUCGAUUGUGAUAACAUCAUGUUUCCUGUACCCACCGGAUCGACCGUAGUACAGUGGACAGAAGUCAAUCCACGUGCUCCAUGUUCAAUCGAAAUGGUAUGCCGGGAAAGCAGGGCCCUCGCCGGAAGCCUUUGGAACUUCUGUUUCAACGAUACACAUGCGAAGAAUAUCGGAAUGAUUGAAGUAUUUAAAGGACAUGAUGGAUUGGAGGAGGCAAAAUAUGCGGAUAUGAAGGUUGUCAAGCAGAGAUUGGGGGCUGAUUUCAAGAGGGGAAUCAAAUAUUUGGCGGAUCGGGAUAUCAUCUACUUGAGAACGAGAGAUAAUGGUACGAUGAAAGCUUUGCAAGAUGUGAAAGCUAGCACCGUGGGCAUGCAGGGUGUGAAGUACUUGGCAAUGGAUGUGUUCUUCAAACAACAUUAUGUGUUGGAGAGACAAUUGUUUCAAGGAUGGGAGAACGAGGAACCAAUGAUGAAAGGAUUGGAGGUCCUGAUUAUGGUCGGAAACUUCGACAGAGAUGAUACACCAUCGCAGGGCAAAAGGUGCUCAGAAAUGCAAGGCUUAUCAUCUAAGCUUGCGGGACAGUUGACCCUCCAUGAAAGAACUGAUGGCGAUUGUGAUAUCAUCAUGGAUGAAUCACCAAACAACAAUGUGUAUUCCACUUUUAAAAAUUUGGGUAUGUAUGAAAUGUUCCGCACGGGAAACAUAGAGAUUGGAGUGGUCACGGAAAUGGAUGAAGUAGCGUUUUUUGAAGAUCAAAGCAUGGAGGAAUAA